AUGAACUUCGAGAGGGAGAGGCAGUGUACAGUGGACAGUGGGUUCUCUGAGUUCUCCAAGCAAGUCAUUCCUUUGAAGACUCUAAAUGCGGUUGCAUCUGUCCCUGUAAUGUAUUCAUGGUCUCCCCUCCAGCAAAAUUUCAUGGUGGAGGAUGAGACAGUGUUGCACAAUAUACCUUACAUGGGAGAUGAAAUUCUUGAUCAGGAUGGAACCUUCAUUGAAGAGCUUAUUAAAAAUUAUGAUGGCAAAGUUCAUGGAGACAGAGAGUGUGGUUUUAUAAAUGACGAAAUCUUCGUUGAAUUGGUUAAUGCUCUCAACCAGUAUACCGAUGAUGAAGAUGAUGAAGAGGACGAUGAUGGAGACUAUGACAGUCAAGAAUUCACACUGGAUCAAAUGGACAGUGGUGAUGGAAAAGAAGACUGCAAUAAAGCUAUGAAAGAUCAAGAUCUUCAUAAUGAUGGAAAAGAAAGUGAGCCCUCCAAAAAGUUUCCAUCUGACAAGAUAUUUGAAGCAAUUUCUUCGAUGUUUCCAGACAAGGGAACCACAGAAGAACUGAAGGAAAAGUUCAAAGAACUGACAGAACAGCAGCUUCCUGGAGCUCUCCCUCCAGAGUGUACACCCAACAUAGAUGGACCAAAUGCCAAAUCUGUACAGAGGGAGCAAAGCCUGCAUUCAUUCCAUACCUUAUUUUGCAGACGCUGUUUCAAAUAUGACUGUUUCCUUCAUCCUUUUCAUGCAACACCAAACACAUACAAAAGGAAAAAUCUUGAAAAUCUGGUGGACAGUAAACCUUGUGGCCCUGAUUGCUACAUGUAUUUGGUUCAGGAAGGAGCAAGAGAGUUUGCAGCUGCUCUCACAGCUGAAAGAGUAAAAACACCACCCAAACGUUUAGUGGGGCGACGCCGUGGAAGGCAUCCAAAUGGCAGCUGCAGCCGUCCGAGCACCCCUACUGUAAACAUGUGUGAAGCUAAAGACACAGACAGUGACAGGGAAGCUGGAGGAGAUGCUUGCUUAGAAAGUUUGGAUAAAGAUGAUGAAGACAAAAAGGAAGAAACAACAAGCUCUUCUGAAGCAAACUCUCGAUGUCAGACUCCAGUGAAACUGAAAUUGACUACAGAAUCUAAUGAGAGUAUAGAAUGGAGUGGAGCUGAGGCUUCACUAUUCAGAGUUCUAAUUGGUACCUAUUAUGACAAUUACUGUGCAAUAGCCAAGUUAAUUGGAACAAAAACAUGUCGACAGGUUUAUGAAUUCAGAGUGAAAGAAUCUAGUAUCAUUGCCCGUGCACCCACUGAAGAUGUAGAUACUCCUCCAAGAAAAAAGAAAAGAAAGCACAGGUUGUGGGCAACACACUGCAGGAAGAUUCAGUUGAAGAAAGAUGGCUCAUCAAACCAUGUGUAUAACUAUCAGCCAUGUGACCAUCCUCGACAGCCUUGUGACAGUUCCUGCCCAUGUGUCAUAGCUCAAAAUUUCUGUGAGAAGUUCUGCCAGUGUAGCUCUGAAUGUCAGAACCGUUUCCCAGGAUGCCGAUGUAAAGCUCAGUGCAAUACGAAGCAGUGUCCUUGCUACUUGGCUGUGAGAGAAUGUGACCCAGACCUGUGCUUAACUUGUGGAGCAGCUGAUCACUGGGAUAGUAAAAAUGUGUCUUGCAAAAAUUGCAGCAUUCAGAGAGGGGCUAAAAAACAUUUGCUGCUGGCACCCUCUGAUGUAGCUGGAUGGGGCAUUUUCAUCAAAGAACCAGUGCAGAAAAAUGAAUUCAUUUCUGAAUACUGUGGAGAGAUCAUCUCACAAGAUGAGGCAGACAGGAGGGGAAAAGUGUAUGACAAGUACAUGUGUAGCUUUUUGUUCAACUUGAAUAAUGAUUUUGUUGUGGAUGCAACACGAAAGGGUAACAAGAUUCGAUUUGCAAAUCAUUCAGUCAACCCCAACUGCUAUGCAAAAGUUAUGAUGGUUAAUGGAGAUCACAGAAUAGGAAUAUUUGCAAAAAGAGCCAUCCAGACUGGUGAAGAACUGUUCUUUGACUAUAGAUACAGCCAAGCUGAUGCUCUUAAAUAUGUUGGCAUCGAAAGAGAAAUGGAGAUUCCAUGAAUCCUUCUACCUCCUCUUGAACAAUUGCCUUAACCUUUUCAGGAAUUUUUAAUGUAAAGAUGAAUUCAGGAGUGCUAGCUGCAACCUAUGAUCACGUGAUUGAGGAACAAAAUGAUGGAAAAAUUAAUUGCAAAAUAAAACAAUACUUGAGUGUUUGCUGUGUAAUUACAAAUGUUUCCUUCACUGGUCAAAAACUUUGUGAAGUGUAAAUAUGCAGAGUACUUUUUUAAUUACUCAAUUUUGUAUUAUUUGAAAACUCUCAGUAAAGUUUGCUGUGGUCA